AUGUCCGAGAAAACCCCACAGGAGCUGGCAACAGACGACUUACCGAAGUUUUCAAACCAGCUACAACAUGUCGAUACCGAUUCCUCCCAAGAUGAUAGUAUCCUUGCAAUCAAGGCAGAUGUCUUCGACGAUUUCCCCGAAGGUGGACUCCGAGCAUGGCUUGUGGUAGCCGGCGUUUUUGCGAGUUUGACAUGUACCUUCGGUAUGCAGUUCACUGUCGGCGCUCUGCAGUCACACUGGGAAACACAUCAACUGCAAAAUUACUCCUCCAGUACAAUUGGAUGGAUCUCCUCAGUCUAUCUGUACCUCAAUAUGGUCUCUGCGGUACAGGUCGGCCCGAUGUUCGACAGAUAUGGCCCCCGGUGGCUAAUGCUUAUCGGAUCCGUGCUCUUCACCCUGUCUAUAUUCCUUUUGAGUUUGUGUGAGAAGUAUUAUCAGUUCAUGCUCUGUUUGGGUUUACUCAGUGGAGUAAGUGCUGCAUUUGUCUCGAACCCAUGCAUGGUUGUUCUGUCGCAUUGGUUCCACCGUCGUCGUGGCAUGGCGACUGGUAUCUCGAUGGUUGGGGGUAGUCUGGGUGGAGUCAUCUUCCCCAUGAUAUUGAGGGCGACGCUUGAACCUUUGGGUUGGGUCUGGUCACUGAGAAUUAUCGGAUUCAUCUUUAUGGGACUUCUCACCAUCGGCAAUAUCUGCGUUCGAAGCAGGCUACCGGUCAAAGGCCAGACGGCUGUCUUUGAUUUUCGGUGCUUUCGAGACACGCGAUUUAUCUGGUUCACGAUGGCCCAGUUCUUCGCUCAGAUUGCUCUUUUUGCGUCGAUGGGUCUUGUCCCUACAUACGCACUCGCGCAGGGUUUCAGCUCGGAUACCGGAUUUUACCUGCUAGCUGUAUAUAACGGUGCGGCGGCUGUUGGUCGGGGGCUUUCAGGAAUGAUAUCCGAUCGUUUUGGACGCUUCAAUACGAUGUCAGCAAUGAUGACCACUACUAUGAUCUUUAUUUUCCUUCUUUGGUGCCCAUUUGGGAAUCACCUUGGUGUGAUGUACUCUUUCGUUGUUUUAAUGGGACUCGGUACCGGAACUAUCCUCUGCUUGCUUCCUGUCUGUCUCAGCCAAAUGUGCAAGACAGAGGAAGUUGGACUUUGGUUGGGAAGUUGCUAUCUUGUCAUCAGCCAUGGACCUCUCGUGGCAAUUCCCAUUGGUGGACAGCUGUUACAGGCAGUUGGACCAACCAAUCUUGUCGUUUUCAUUGGCGGCAUGAUUACUAUAUCCCUACUGUGCCUACUGACAGCACGUUGGGCCUGUCUUGAAUAUCGUUGGAAAUUCCAAAUCAAAAUAUGA